AUGACAUCUUCAUCCACUAGCAUAUCAAUAGGAAGCCUUGAUGCCCUUCUAUAUCGUCUUGAAACACUUCAAAGCAUACCCGAACUAUCAGAUCUCGUGACAUUGUAUCAUGAUGGCGACUACAAAACCAUUUUACAAACACCCGCAUCCCAAUCUUUAAUUCAAGGAUAUGUGGAAAAUCUAAAUACUAAUGAGCUGGCACACCAGAUAUCAUUUGCGGAAGAGGAGUUGGGUGGUAAGGUGGGUCCUUUGAAAGUUUUCAUCAUUGGAUUAGCAGCUUUCGAUGCAUUCCUUCAAGCGAAUGUAACGGGUCCGCCGUCCGACUGGCACCAAGUUUACCCAGCGCGAGAAGAGACCAGAGCUAAAUGCCUUAAGGCCCUUGAGGUUGAUGGUGUCUCGAUUUAUCAACAUAUUCCUCACAUUGAGCUUUUCUGCCUAGCUCGGGAUAUUUUUACGCACUUCUUUCCUCGGGAGAUUGACCAAAUUGUGACUGACUGUAAAUGGAUGCGCCUUCGCAUUAAUUCCUUUCAUCAAAGAAUGCUCUCUACAUUUUCGGGAGGUCGAUUAAGCGACUCCAAUUUGUUACAGGAUGAAAUGGAUAUGCUACUAAAGGAACUAGACGAGGAGAUACUCAGUUCGGACUCAGAGUUUUCGACUGGGCAAAAGAUACAAUACUUACUGGAAAAGGUGCAAACUUACAUUAUGCAGGGUCUAGAAUCCAAGGCUAGGGAGGAGCUACAAAGAGCCAAGACUAUUUCUGGGUUUAGACAUGUACUCAGUGGGGCUUUGGGAAAAAAGACCAAAUUUCAGGAGGAUAAUUUAUCACAGUUGGUCGUAUUUGCGAAGAGUAAAUGCUUCGAAAAAAUACAGGAUCAACUCUCCUCCACUCACAAUGGAGACUCAACAUCAGUAGCGGUUCCUGAGGCAUUUGAUUUAAACGAUGAUACCCUCCUAGAAUCAAUAUCAUUCGUCAAAUCCGGGCAGGAUAAAAUAGACUCGAAACUGCCCCCUGAGCUAGCAGAUCUCGAACCGGAUAAUCAACCUAAUCUGAGCCCACUAGACCAAAUAACCCUCCUGACUGAGGCGACAUUGAAAGACAAUUUCUCACCACUAGAUGCCCUAAAGAGUGAGGAAAUAUUACCCUAUGCCACCCGAGUAUUAAUGGAUAAGCCCACAAAUUGGCAGAUAUACACGCAGGCGCUUAUCGUCCGUUCUAGGAUUGAAUCACACCGUUCGCGAACAAAAGAACGUAGUAUCUUGCAAUUACAGGCUGUUGUGGAUCAAAUAAUUGCUGACACUCAAGAAAAUUUGGAGCCAAAAGACCCCAAUGGGAUUCCGGAGAUACAAGUAACCUCUUUCUUGCCUAAAGCCAAAUUACAUGAAUCAGCUCCUGUUCGGGAGCGACUAAAGUAUGUUCAUUCUCUAAACACCCCCUCAAGGUUUGAGCUGGAAACCGAACUAGCAUAUGCAUGGGCAGCUGUGGGGUCGAUGUUCUCGGCCCUAGAGAUCUUCAAGCGUCUUCACCUGUGGGCUGAAGUGGCUCUGUGCUAUCAUUCGGCGUCUCAAGAAAAUAAAGCACGACGAAUAAUUCGUCGUCAACUUUAUUAUUCUGUCAAGGGUGAAGUUAUAGAUCACUAUGAUAUUGGAGCACCGGAAGUAGCUUCAGAAGAAUGGGAGGGUGACAUACGACCGUCUCCGCCCCAUGCGCCGCGACUAUGGUGCAUCUUGGGUGAUCUUGAUAAUGAUCCUGAAUGUUGGAAACGCGCGUGGGAGAUAAGUAACCACCGCUAUGCACGCGCCCAGCGCACUCUUGGCGAGUAUUGGGUCAAGUCUGGCGACCUCGAGAUGGCCAGGGAAGCAUAUGUUCAAGCCUCAAGUGUGAAUCGCCAAAAUGAGGACACAUGGUCACGUCUGGGCGAUCUUAAUCUAAAGCUAGGGAAAUGGGAUGAUGCAAUCGCAUCAUUUCAAUAUGCUAUUACGCUGGAUGAUAGAAAUGCUACCACAUAUUCGAAUCUUGGCUCUGCCUUGAUCUCAAAACAUAAGUAUAUUAGUGCUCUACAAAAAGCAGCCAAUAAAAAGGCAGAUAGUGAGCCUACAAAAGAAUUGCUCAAUCUAAUAGAGGGAGAAGUUGAGAUUAGUUGUACACACCGCCAAUAUCAAGAUCCUAAAGUAAUUCUUGAACAAGCUAUGAGGGCUUUCAAGCGGGGAGCUAGCCUUGCCCACACAAACUGGCGGAUGUGGGACAAUGUUCUGACCGUGGCACUUAACCUGUGCCCUCCAUUUUUUCCAGAUGUACUAUUGGCUCUUCGCAACAUAGUCAGAAUACGUGCACCAAGCCUAGGAGAGAACUCCGUAGAUAUUGAUGCACUUAGUCGUUUGGUCGCUGAGGUUAUAAGCCAAGAGCAUGUUGCGAAACCCCAUGCCUCUGUGGAAGAAUUAGCCGAUGAUGGCAUCUAUACGCUACCUCGUGGCUCAUUGGCUUACAAUACACUCUAUUUUCUCGAGACAGACGUUAUUCCACUAAUUACAGCGCGCGGCGAGCUGUAUGAGCUGGCCGAGAAAAUGGCCUUAUACCGAAAAGACUUUGCCGGCGCACUUGAAUUUGCAGAAAAGGCGUGGAGGAGUUGUAUGCGCGGCGAUGCGUGGCUAUUAGAAGAGCCUCGUUGGGCUACUGUUGUUCGUAGUACAGUGCGUCUGGUUGAUGGGUGGGAAAAUUACGGGCCGUUACUAAAGGCCAAAGAUGGCAUGAAUGUAGAGACGAUGUGGAAGGCAAAGGCCCGUAAGGCUCUGCAGGCUGUCCUUCGGAAAGCGGUAGAUACUUGGGAAGAAAGCGAAGGCUGGCAGGUUCUACAAGCAAGACUAGAUGACCUCUAA